AUGCCAAGGUUAAGAUAGGAAUACUCAAAAAAAGGGAGGACUAUUUGUUAUGCAAAUUUUAUAAGUCUUUUUUUAUAAUGCUUCAUUUGGAUAUAAUUUCCCCAUGGAUAUAGCAUUUUAAGUGGCAGUUGGAUAUCUUUCUUGUUUGGGAAAUUCUGUUGAUAAAUCACUGGCUGCACUACAAGGCUGAGGGGCCCCAGCAGUUUCAGGGUCAGACCUCAGGGCCGAUGAUGGAAAGAUUUGAAUACGAGCACUUUGUGGAUGGAGUGAGAGAGAGCCAGAUUAACUAUCGAAGGGUUGUAGGGGACACACAACCUUCAUACAUGAGUGCAGUAUCCAAGGAAGGUGAUCAUUACAUCCGGCAUAUACCUGGACAUGGACAUGCAACUGCAGCACAGCGCUACAACGCCACACGGAUUCAAGCAGGUUUUUCUCCAGAAAACAUGGCGGAUUAUUUAAUCAGUGGUGGUACGGGCUACGUCCCAGAUGAUGGGCUCUCAGCGCAGCAGCUCUUUUCAGUUGGUGACGGCCUUACAUACAACAGAUCUGGCCAACAGUGUGUUGUCUCGGAUGGCCAUACGGCUGAAGAGCUAUGCUCUAAAGGAGAUGGGUUGACUUACAACGACUUUCUGAUUUUGCCUGGCUUCAUCGACUUUACCUCAGAUGAAGUGGACCUGACAUCUGCACUGACCAAGAAGAUCACCCUAAAAACCCCGCUCAUUUCUUCCCCCAUGGACACCGUCACAGAGUCAGCCAUGGCAAUUGCUAUGGCGCUAAUGGGAGGAAUGGGGUUCAUUCAUCACAACUGCACACCGGAAUUCCAAGCCAACGAGGUUCGGAAGGUCAAGAGGUUCGAACAGGGCUUUAUUACAGACCCAGUCGUAAUGAGUCCACGCCACACAGUUGGAGAUGUGUUUGAGGCCAAAGUAAGGCACGGUUUCUCUGGGAUUCCCAUCACGGAGACGGGAAAAAUGGGCAGCAAGCUGGUUGGGAUAGUCACCUCCAGAGAUAUUGACUUCCUCUCUGAAAAAGACUAUGGCAAACCUCUGGAGGAGGCUAUGACGAAAAGAGAGGAUUUAGUGGUGGCUCCAGCUGGUGUUACGCUGAAAGAAGCCAAUGAUAUUUUGCAGAGGAGCAAAAAAGGCAAGCUUCCUAUUGUGAAUGAUAAUGAUGAGCUGGUGGCCAUUAUUGCCAGGACGGAUCUGAAGAAGAACAGAGACUACCCUCUAGCAUCAAAAGACUCACGCAAACAGCUUCUCUGUGGUGCCGCCAUCGGGACCAGGGAGGAUGAUAAAUACAGACUAGACCUACUGGUGCAAGCUGGGGUUGAUGUUGUUGUAUUGGACUCUUCACAAGGGAAUUCUGUGUAUCAGAUCAACAUGAUAAGCUAUAUUAAACAAAAACAUCCUGAAUUACAAGUUGUUGGAGGAAAUGUGGUUACAGCAGCCCAGGCCAAGAAUCUGAUUGAUGCCGGUGUGGAUGCCUUGAGGGUUGGGAUGGGUUGUGGUUCCAUUUGCAUCACGCAGGAAGUGAUGGCCUGUGGGCGACCUCAGGGGACCUCUGUGUACAAAGUAGCUGAGUAUGCGAGGCGUUUUGGCGUGCCAGUGAUUGCAGAUGGUGGUAUUCAGACUGUAGGCCACGUGGUGAAGGCUCUGUCUCUGGGAGCAUCGACUGUUAUGAUGGGCUCCUUGCUAGCUGCAACCACAGAGGCUCCUGGAGAGUACUUCUUCUCAGACGGUGUGCGACUGAAGAAAUAUCGGGGUAUGGGUUCUCUGGAUGCGAUGGAGAAAAGUACCAGCAGCCAGAAGCGCUACUUUAGUGAGGGUGAUAAGGUGAAGGUAGCUCAGGGCGUGUCGGGCUCAGUCCAGGACAAAGGCUCCAUCCACAAGUUUAUACCAUACCUCAUAGCUGGAAUCCAGCAUGGCUGCCAGGACAUCGGUGCAAAGAGCCUGUCUGUCCUUCGUUCUAUGAUGUACUCUGGGGAACUGAAGUUUGAGAAGCGAACUAUGUCUGCACAGGUGGAAGGAGGCGUUCAUGGACUUCAUUCUUAUGAGAAGCGACUUUACUAAAUGGACGGAGGCGUGAAAGAGAUCCAAUCUGACAGUGACCAAAUGUUGAAAAACUUCUGUCAAAAUCCACAACAGCACCCUCUCUGCUUCCUCUGCGUUGUGCCCACGCCCUCAGUCAUCACAAACCGCUGAUUUGGAGAGGAGAACGGCAUCGCAGCAAAUGGCAAAUCUUCAAACCGACACCAACUUUCUGAACACCUCAGACUUUGCUCUUAAGAAGAGGUGCAUCAGGGUUAUUUUUUUUUUGUAUCAAGAGUAUGCAGCACUAAACCAGGUUAGUGUGCAUGGGCUGAUAGUUGUGAGAGAAACAAUUCCAGAUUGUGUGGGAUUACAGUUUAGUUGGGACAAAGUGAAGCUGCACUGUGUUGUAUUUGUCCUGUCAGAAACAGCCGUGGUGCAGAUCAGCAGCAUCUCUUUGUGGCCCGUUAAGGUUCCAUGCUUACCAGCAAUCGCACCGUCGGAAGCUUAACUCAUCCCAGUUCAACAAUGGACUCAUAAAUGUGUACAAAAUACAAGACAACACAUCUCUCUUUGUGCACUGUGCCAGUCUGUAAUGACAAAACUUUCCUAACAUUUUCAGAUCAUUGCAAAUGUAUGCUGCUUAGAUUGCAGCACAUGUUGUCCACUUGGUGUACUGUGCAUUCUUACAGUUGAGACGUUUGUCAUCAUUAAUCAAAUCAGAAUAGUAGACAGAUCCACAGUGGUGUUUUCCACUUUGGAAAUUCAAUCAUGCUAAGCCAAAUAGCCUGUGCCCCAUUUUAGUGUUUGUAUAUUUACCAUGGAAGGGACCAAAACCUAAUAUCUGUUAUGUUUAGGAUAGAUAAUGGGUCAGCCAUUAACAUUUAAGCAAAGUGGGUAUUUCCCUGCUCUUAAUCUGAAUAUUUUUCCACAGAAAAACUCUUUAUAAUAAACCUGUAUAGUCCUGGUGACUUUGAAUUGAGCUGGAAGGGUUUUUUAUAUUGUAUGUUUUUUGUUUUUUUUCAUUGAGCCAAGUGUGGCUGUAUUUAUAUUGUGCUUAGAUUGCAAGCAUACUGCCAAGUGUAUUUACACUUCUUUCUUUUUUUUUUUUUUUUACCUUAAAACCAAAACUGGUGCAGCAUUUAGCUUAUCUCAUCAUUUUCUUUCCUGUCAGGCACAGAUUUUGUGUUUUUAUUUGUUCAACAGAGGUAUGCCUUGAAACAGAGAUGGACAGAUGUCUUCUCAGUGCAUGGAGACACCUUCUUGCCAUAGUAUCUUUGUUUGUUUCCUCAGUUGAUGUUGGAGUCGAAAUUGUUCAGAGGUUGUCUUUGCCAUACUUUUUUCAGUAUCUUGAAAUCUAUGUUUUUUUCUCUCAUUUAAUGCAGUUUCUCUAUUCCCCACAAGGUGAACUAACAGCUUGACUGACUUUCAAGAAAAUGUAGGUGAAAUGUAUAUGAAGAAAUGUAUGCCCUCAAUCAGUUUUAAGACUUUUAUUUUUAUUUAUUUUUUUCAGUUUCCCCAUUUUAAGACACGUUAUCCAGAUGUUCAGAAUGUCUUAAUUAUCACACACUGAGUCCUGUCAACCCAUCCAGAAAGCACAACUGACAUUUUAUUGAUGUUUCUCCUUUUGUAUAAAAUUCAGUUUGUCAAGCAGUUGCCAUCACAGAGUGGCAUGUUUUCAUAAACUUAUGGGGAAAGUCUCAGAAUUUAGUAAAUCCAUCUGGAGAUGUUGAGGAAGAUCAUUUUAGGAUAUGUUUACAGUAAAAACACUCUUAAGAUAAAAGUUGCUUUUUCUGUUUUAAUAUGUUAAAAUAAAUACAUAAUACUGUG